UCGAACGGGAAUGUUCAAUACAUUCAACAAUCUCACUUAAAUUAUCACUGAAAUUACUUCUGACUGAAUUAUUUUUCCUCAGUAGUUUUAGGAUUUUGUUUUAAGUAUUGAUUUAGUGUAACCGUGCUACUUAAUGAGUCUGAAUUUUAAAUUACUGAAAAGAUCGUUUUCUCUAAGAAAUAAUGUCACCGACGACAAGGAAGACAAAAAAGUUUCUAAUUUGUUUAAAGAAUCCAUUGGGUUCAAUUACACGCAUAAAAUAAAUUCAUCCACGGACGCUUCGUCACAAAAAAGAGAAUUGACACUGAAACCGUUCGAUGACAUCAGCAUAAUUGACCUACACACCGAGGCUUUCAACAUUGAAAUGGAAUACUUUAUACCUUACGCGCGACUUAAAAAUGUACCCCAAAACGGUAUGCAGCUAACAACUGUAAAACGGAAUGAACAAGCACCGACUACGAAUGCCACGACGACGGUUGUUAGUGCAAAUGUGGUUAGCAGUAAAAAGAUUCAGAAACAUGUGCUCAACCAACAAUUUAGUAACUUAAAGGGAUCGGAAAUAGAAUUUCCACCAAGGAAAAUGUCUAAGAAACAACUGAAAGUGGCUCAGGAUCAGCUGAAAAAAUUGACCAAAAUAAAUAUCCAUUUAUCAGCACUUUUCGCAGCCGUCGAAAAUGGUCAAACAGACAGAGCAAAAUCGAUACUUGAAUCAACAGACGUCAACGUUAAUUGUACAAACAGCGAUGCAUUAUCUCCGUUAGACGUUGCGGUCUUAAGCAAUAAUCGUUCGUUGACCAAAAUUUUAUUAGAAUACGGUGCUAGUCAUGGAGUCCGAUUCAAAACUUGUGAAUCGAUGGGCUAUCAUUUGAAUACGUUGCUGGAGGAUGCGCUCAACAAAAUUAAUGAUUUCACGUGCGGUAGUCACGACGAUCUUGGCGAUGACGAUGCGGACAAACAAAUUGAUUUUUGGCAGAAACGGGCUAACUCCCUUCAACGGAUAUUGCGCGGAUGGGUUCAAUCGACAGCACCGAAUAUGCCAAAUAGUGUUGUCGUCGAUGUGACGUCAAGUACUUCUGUUGCUGUUAAAGUGCAAGAAGCACUUGCCGGAGCCAUUACCACUAAAUUUAAAAUUCAGUGGUCACUUACCGAAGACUUCGUGAAUAUAAUCGACGAACGAGAAAUCAACGACCUAACCAGCAGUCAAGGAGUAAUGUUCUCGACCUUUCACUUGUACAAUUUGAUUCAUGGCCAAAGAUACUAUUUUCGUGCUUUGAGUGGAAACCUCAAAGGCUGGAGUGAGCAUUGCAGCUCUAGUCCACUCAGUGUCAUCCCAUCCAGCUGGCAAGACAUUGCAACUAGCGCACCUUGUGGCAGCAAAAAAACCUUAGACGAUUUGAUGGUUAAACUGAGUGCCGUUCGAAUGGCUUCGCUCGAGAUACCGUUAGAUUCAACUGCAUCGAACGGACUGUUUAUCAAGAAGAAAGCGACAAUCAAGCAACUCUUUACGGCUACUUCGAAAUUCCAGAAGCAAUUGAAAAGAGGACUGUAUCUGGCAUGCCUUCUGUAUCACGACGGAAAGGUGUUGGUUACAAAUGAUGAUACGUUACCGGUUAUUGAGAUCGAUGAGAAUUAUCCCAAUAAUUUUUGCAGUGAACUUCCCUGGCUGAUGAAGGUCAGUUGCAAUUGGGACAUUGUAAAGGCAAUGCGAAAUGAAAUAGAAAAGCAUUCGUCAUCGACCAGUCAAUUUCGCUUGAAAAUCCUAUCAGCUAUCAGUCAAAUGCAGUCUGUAAUGGGUUUGAAGGACUUAGGCUUCGUUUAUUACAAAUUUCUGCAAGAUUCACAGGGAACGGUCGUGAUUUCAUUUGUCAAUCACAUAAAAAAUCCGAAAUCAAUCUCUGUUCUGAAUUCACGAUGGAUUCCGCUAAGAAAAAUCCAACGAAAACUGCCACCCAUCGGCGACGAAAGCAACAUCAACGACAUCAUUCUAGCUUCGAUUCCCAAUCAAAUAGAAUUCCUCGAAUCCGGAUGUUCAAAAUUGGCCAAAGGCUUGUACGUUGGCUACUUGCAAAUGCACUGUUCGAUGGAACAGAUGCAAAUUGUCAUUCCGACGAAAACGCCGAACGUUUUGCCGCACCAGAAAAUUCGGGACAAUCCUCAUGUGUGCGCUGAAGAGUGGGAAGCGCUUCAAGAUACAUUCAAUCAAAACCAAAGAACCGAGAUGCAGCAAAAGUUCGUCGGAGCGAUCAGCAGUGCAGCGUGGCGACUUUUUAAGUACAUGGGAAAGUCGACCGAGAGUAUCCUGAAGCAUAAACUUUACAACAUGGAACUUAUUAAGCUCAGCCACGACGUUAGUUUCCUUAUAGUAUGUCCACCCAUCGAAACGUCAUGUUCACUGGUGCCUGGUCAACGUGAAAUGAUGCUUCAACGUCCUGAUUUAGUUAGUGUAUCGACCCAUGCCUUUGAAAUGUGUCAACUGUUCACUUAUGACAGUGAAGCCAUUCGAAAAUGCGCAAGACUUUCGCUUGUCUUGGAUCUCGAGAUAUCGGAAGCCAAUUAUUCCCAUCGUGAAGCGUUUUCAGCGGUAGAAAUAGAGGCAGCUAAAGAGCGCCUGGACCGACUACAGGUUAUAAGAGCCGAAGUAUUCGAGUUUUGGAAGAACAUGCGAUGGUUGAUGGAUGUGAUGACAUUUUCCAGAAAUCGGUGCUCUGAUACAGGCAUCAGCAUGCGGUCUAUCCUAAAUUUGGAUUCGUCACAAACUGAACCGGUAGUGCUCAGACAGCGUGAGAAAUUAGAUCGUCCUUCUGAUAAUGUUACAGUAACUAGACGAUCGCCCUGCCGGCUAUCGUGGCCGAAUAAUAAUCGAAAGGAUCAAGUAACAAGUGUUCUGUCCAAAUCCGACCAACAGUUAAAUUUUGUGAUGUCAAAGGUUCAUUAUAAGCAAAAAACAGAUGAUGGUCUACGCAGGAACAGUGCAGAUGCCAAAUAUCAUGGCUUGCAGGCGUCUGAAGAGAGUCUGAAUCGGCUAGCCUUUGUCGACCAUUAUUCAUUAAGCAAAUCUGAAGAGGUUCUUUCGUCCUCAGCACCUUCAUUCUCGCCUCUGCUUCAGCGCAAACGGUCAAAAACCAUAAACGCUCGAAUUUGUUCGUUAAGCUGUUCUGAGUGUCGAAAUUCAUCAGCACAUACGGACCAUGCAAAGGGAAGUGAGCCGUCCGAAAAUGAAAGUUCGGCGACUACCUGCAGUGUAUCCAGUUAUCUGACCGACGAGGACGGCAAAACCACAAAAAUUGAGUCGAAUAUGCAUGCCGCUUGCGACAAGGAAAACUUCGACGACGACAACACUAUGCCACAAUUGGGAACGAUUCAAGUGUACUUCACCAACGGCGGGGACAACGGAAUCUCGUUACAGCUUCACAUCACAACUAAAACCACGGCCCGGGAGAUAAUUGAUUUGGUUCUAAGUCACUGCAGUCCAUCCAUCCUGGCAAUCGAUGAAAAACCGGCGACCUGUAAUCAGCUUGCUUCCAAAGAUUUCUGUUUGUUUGCCAUUUUUGGUAAUCGGGGACGUUGUGUUCCGAAUAAUUUCCGACCACUGCAACUGCAAAAUCCGUGGAAAAAGGGUCGUCUGUAUGUUCGACGGAAUCGUGACUUUCUUGCAGAAAUUGAUAGGUCGGAUCGUGAUGUUCACACCAUAUGAAAGGAGUGCAAUAGAGUUAUCUGGCUGGUAGUAAAUGAGCGGUGAAAUAGUACAAUUUCCAAAAAAUAAUUAUUUAAUUUUGACUGGAUUGCAAAUUAAUUGUCAAUAAAACUUUAUUUUUCCGUA